CUCAAUGGUAAGCGAACAUCAAGCAGCCACGACAGCUUCGGGUCUGGCGGUUCAUCUGGCGGCCGUGGCCGUGUCGGCGCCAGUGCCGCUUCGGUCGCGGGUCAAGGCGAUCAUGGGCGACAGUCCCUCGGCGCGUCGACCGAUCUUGCAUCCAAUGAGCGGCACCUUUGCAUCGGGCUCGAUGACGCUACUCUUGGGCCAGCCAGGCGCGGGCAAGUCGUCGCUCUUGAAGCUUCUGAGCGGCCGCCUCACGCACGUGCACAUCGACGGUCCCAUCACGUACAACGGUGUCGCGAUGCCCGAUGCGGCGGCCAGUGCAGCGUACGUCGGUCAGCGCGACGACCACUACGAGUCGCUCACGGUCACCGAGACGCUCGCGUUUGCAGCAGCUUGCGGCGCCGCGCCGAUCGACACGAUGGCCGUCGUCGAUGCGCUCGGCCUCGGCACCUGCGCCGACACAAAAAUCUGCGAGCUCUCGGGCGGCGAGCGCAAGCGCGUCACCUUUGGUGAAAUGGCGUUCGGUGACGCCCCCAUUGUGUGCUUGGACGAGAUCAGCACCGGUCUCGACAGCGCGACGACGCACCGGCUCGUGACGCUACUCAAGGAGGUUGCGGUUGCAUCCAAGAAAACUGUCGUCGUGUCGCUUUUGCAGCCGACGCCGCCCGUUGUCGAUCUCUUCGACUCGAUCUUGUUGCUCCAUGGUGGCCAUGUACUCUACCACGGCCCGGUUGUCGACUGUGAAGCGUACUUUGACUCGAUCGGUCUCGUGUGCCCGCCCGAGCGCGACCUCGCUGAUUUUCUCCUCGACUUGGGCGCGCCGCAAAUGACCGCCUACUGCAACCGACCAAAUGUGCCCCAGGACGGUGCGUCGCUCGCGUCGGCGUUCCGAGCUUCGCUACUGUACGCGCCGUCGCAACCCGCAGCGACCUCUAUCGUGCCGUCGCAAACACUGACGGUGACGUCGCCGUAUCGAGCGCUCUUGACGCGGCAGCUGCGUAUCUUCCUCCGCAACACGAGCUUUGUGCACAGUCGGCUUGUGACUGUGGUUGUCAUUGGCGUCAUGUACGCCACGACGUUCUACGACGUCGACCCGGCGACGCCAGCGACGCUGAUGGGCGUCGUCUUUUCAACGUCGAUUUUUCUCGCACUUGGGCAAAUUGCGACGCUGCCGUCGAUCUUGCUCGCUCGGUCGACGUACUACAAGCACAAGCGCAGUCGAUUCUUCACACCGUUGACGUUCGUGGUUGCGCAGGCACUGGCGCCCGUGCCAUUUGCGGUUCUGGAGACGCUCAUCUGCGGCAGCCUCGUCUACUGGCUCGCGGGGUUUGCAGCGUCGGCGUCGGCGUUUGUGCUCUUUAUCCUGCUGCUGUUGCUCACCAACGUUACGUUUGGUGCGUGGUUUGGCUUGAUUGGCGCGAUCGCACCGAGCUUGUACAUUGCGGACCCGAUGGCGCUCAUCACGAUCCUCGUUACGGUCGUCUUUGCGGGCUUCAUCGUCCCGCUGCAGUCGCUGCCGGCCUUUUUGAGCUGGAUCUACUGGCUCAACCCGUUGGCGUGGUGCACGCGCGCGAUCACAGUCGGCGAGUACACAGCAGCCAAGUACGCGCAGUGCGAGCACAACGGCAUCAACUAUUGCGAAGCGACCGGCGCGACGUCGUUUGGGCACGCGCAACUGGAGACGCUCGGCCUCCCACAUGACGCUGCGUGGGUCGGGUACGGCGUUCUCUUUCUUUUCGGGAGCUACCUUGCCUACGUCGGCGCGACGAUCCUUGCGCUGACGUACAUCGAAUACAGCGACGGCCAAAACCACACUGUCGUCAGUGGUGUGUCGACGACGGACGACUACACCGAGGCGCCGGCGACGCCGGUCCACACAACCCUCAACGUCCACGCACCUCUGCACGCGGCGCCGGUGCAAACACCCAUGACACUGGCGUUCCAAGACAUUUCGUACUCGAUUCGGGGCGGUGUGCAGCUCUUGCACAACGUCAGCGGCUACGCACUGCCGGGGACGAUCACGGCGCUCAUGGGUCCGUCCGGCGCCGGCAAGACGACGCUGCUCGACGUGCUUGCCGGUCGCAAAACCUCGGGCUCAAUCACGGGCUGUAUCACCGUCAACGGGGUGCCAACACACAGUGUUGCGCGGUACGCCGGCUACUGCGAGCAAGACGACGUGCACUGCGACGCUGCCACGUUCCGGGAAGCACUGCACUUUAGCGCGCUCUUGCGGCAACCGAGCGAGGUGCCGGCAACCGAAAAGAUGGCGUUUGCGGAUGCGUGCUUGGCGCUUCUCGACAUGGAGAGCCUCGCCGAUCGGUUGAUCCGCGGGGCGUCGGUCGAGCAAAUGAAGCGGCUCACGAUCGGCGUCGAGCUCGCAGCAGCACCGACGAUAUUGUUUUUGGACGAACCGACGUCGGGUCUGGACGCGCGGUCGGCCAAGAUCGUCAUGGACGGUGUCCGCCACGUCGCGUCGACCGGUCGCACGGUCGUUUGCACGAUCCACCAGCCGUCGGCUGAGGUCUUUUCCAUGUUUGACGCGCUUCUGUUGCUGCAACAUGGCAACACCGCCUUUUUCGGGGCCCUCGGCCCCCAGAGUGCGCAUUUGCUGUCGUACUUUAGUACGUGGCACAAGACGCCAUCAGUUGACGUCAACCCAGCCACGUGGAUGCUCGAUGUCCUCGCCGACGACCGCAUCGAGUACGCUGACCAGUUUCUCAAGUCCAAGGAACACGAUGCCCUUGUGGCGGACCUUGCAUCAACUGCCGUCUCGGGUCUGCCAGCACCGUCCACCGGCGCGCCGCUGUUGACGCAGUGCUACCUCUUGACGCUGCGGUUCUUUCGCGUCUAUUGGCGCACGCCCGAGAGUCUCCGGACGCGGUUGUACAUUGCAAUCGGCCUCGCCCUCCUCUUUGCCCUCGUCUUCGCCGACGUGCGCUACGAGACGUACACGGGGGCGACGGCCGCCGUCGGCAUGGUGUACAUCACGACGACGUACAUGGGCUACAUCAACUUCAACAGCGCGAUCCCGCUCGCGUCGGACGCACGGCGCAGCUACUACCGCGAGCGCGCCGCCCACACGUAUGCGCCCUUGGCGUACUUUGUCGGGUCGACGCUUGUUGAAGUGCCGUACGCGAUGGCGACGGCGGUGCUCUUUACAGUCAUCUUUGCGCCGCUCGUGGGCAUUGCAGCAUCGGCCAUGGGUCUCUACAUGGUGUACGUGUGCCUCAUGCUGCUGCUGUACGUGUACAUGGGCCAGCUCAUGGUGUAUGUACUCCCGACGCCGGAGACCGCGAUCCUCCUCGGCAUCCUCCUCAACUCGAUCUUCUUUCUCUUCUACGGCUUUGUGCCGCCCGCGUCGCAGAUUCCAACCUGGUUCCGAUGGCUCUUUACGAUCACGCCGCCGCAUUACGUCAUGGCCCUCUUGGCGGCCGAAGCGUUCGGGCAGUGCACGAGCAGCAACGCCGUGGGCUGUGGUAUCAUCCACGACGCGCCGUUGGCGCUGCGCCACGCGAUCGGGUCCGACGAAAUGACUGUCCGCGACUUUGUCGCGUACGUGUACGACAUGCGCACCGACGACCGGACGCGCAACCUCGCCGUGACGCUCUUGUGCAUUCUGUGUGCUCGCCUUCUCGCGCUAUGGGCGCUCCAGUGUGUCCAGUACCGAAAGCGAUAG